GUCAUUUGCGCGAAAUAGGCGCCAAAUAAAAAUAUUUCCAUCGAACCAAAGAAAAAGGGGAUUAAAACCUGUUUGCCUGCUCAGCGCCACUCUUGGCCCAUCUUCAGGUGGCUGUAUUAAUAAACUCAAUUUUGCAAAUGGAUGAACAGGUUCGACGAGAAUAUUUUUAUUUGGCGCCUAUUUCGCGCAAAUGACCUGUUAGUCUAGCUUUUGUUCUAGUCGUUAUAGCCCGACAGAACGAAACGAAUUCUCAUUCGAAUCUGUCGAUGUUUUCUAGUACAGAUUGAUGUGCUCUAUCCAUUAAUGAGAUUAUUUCGAAUUUUCUACACGGAUUAGUGUUCCGGGUUAGUGUUUUGUUAAGAAAGAUUAGGAAAUACAUCACGGGUGUGUCAGCUAUUCUCGAUCUAUAAUAAAUCCAUAUUUAUUCAAAUGCCAUCCAAAGCAUACAUUUCCAAGCUUCUAGAUCGUCACGAUUAAUUUCUUUUUGAAAUGUGACUAGUUAUUUUAAACAAAAUGUUUAUCACCUCAACAUCCUAAAGGAACAGGGCGAAUGGUAUCCUUUCAUACAGAAACUUUUUUUAUAACCUCGUUGACUUUUUUCGCUCGUACGUAUUCCGUUAGAGGCAAAGCGAUAAAAUAAAUUAAAAUCUUUCACUAAUAUCAGUUUUUGUCUGAAAGAAAAUUUUCUUUUGAAGGUGAACGAAUAAUUUUUCAUCGUCAAAAACAACAUCUUUUUAGUGUUUUUCUUUUAAAACCAAAACAAAAUGGAAUUAAAGGCAAGAAACACCUACAGAUAGACUAGAUAUGGUGCUCUAAACGAUGGUGAAAAUCCCGAGUCUCUACUAUGUAUAAUUUACAAAUGGCAAACAAAAUGAUAGUGUAGUGGUGGAUGCAUAAUUUUUCAUUCCACUGUAAUAUUAAGCAUUAUUAGUUUAACUAUAUGUUCAAGUACUGUAGGCAAUUUUCGUUUUAUCGAUGUCUUAUUUCCCUGAACUAAUGAUAAACAUUUGCACAAUUUCUCUCAACAGCAUCAACAUCGUUGAUACUUAUGAAGGAGAAGCGUUUGACGUAUUCAAAGAAACAUCUUAUUCUCUAUUGUGUGUACUUUACUUGAUCACCGCUAAGAUUUUUAAUUUGUUUUUCUUUGUUUUUAGUUGCUUGGCGAAUUAUUACUUGAUCGUUAUAAUUUUUCUGUGAUGACACGCUAUAUAACAAAUACGGACAAUUUGAAAUUAAUGAUGAAUUUAUUAAAAGAAAAAAGCAAGAAUAUACAAUUUGAAGCGUUCCAUGUGUUUAAGAUAUUUGUUGCCAAUCCAACAAAACCUAAACCGAUCGCCGAUAUUUUAUUACGUAAUCGUGAUAAAUUAAUUGACUUUUUAACUACUUUUCAUACGGAUCGUACAGAUGAUGAACAAUUUAAUGAUGAAAAAGCUUAUUUAAUUAAGCAAAUAAGUGAAUUGAAAGAUAUGAAAAUUUGA